GCAUGCAGACUGCUUCUACAAACAUUUGUGAAAGAAUGGGUCGCUCUCAGGAGCUCAGUAAAUUGAAGAGUGGUACCGUGAUAGGUUGCCAUCUGUGCAAUAAGUCCAUCCGUGAAAUUUCCUUGCUACUAAAUAUUCCACGGUCAACUGUUAGUGGUAUUAUAACAAAGUGGAAGCAACUUGGAACAGCAGCAACUCGUAGUAUUAGGCCUUGUAAAAUGCCAGAGCGGCAUCAGCACAUGCUGAAGCGCACAGUGCGCAGAAGUCGCCAACUGCCUGCAAAGUCAAUAGCUAAAGACCUCCAAACUUUGUGUGGCCUUCAGAUUAGCAAAGCAACAGUGUGUAGAGAGCUUAAUGGAAAGUGUUUCCAUGGCUGAAUAGCUACAUCUAAGCCUUCUAUCACCAAGCAUUGGAUGCAGUGGUGUAAACCACGCCACCACUAGAGCAGAGAAUAGUCGUUGUCUGACUGUAUUGUGCCAAGUAUAAAGUUU